UCCAUUUAAUGUGCUAUAUUAUUAGUGAUAUUCAAUUUUCUUCACAAUUAUCCUGCAACACCUGGGUGUUUGUUAGUUAUUUAUGACAUUAUAAAUAAUGGUUUACAUAAAAUAUUGUACUUAGGGCUAGGUUUUUGUCAAUUAAUAUAAAUAUCUUUGCAUUUAUGUUGCCUAUGUUUUUUUUUUUAUAAAAUUGUAAAUGCGAGCAUAUAGAUUUCCAUGCAAUCAAAAGGCUGAUGUAUGCAGAAGAUUAAUAUCAGAAAUUUCCAUUUCAAAAUUAUAUUUAAAUGAGGUCUCUAUUUUACUUUAAUUAUGGUUGCAUCUUUUGUUCUCAGAUGUAUUAUUUCUCAUUUGAGCAUGUGAAAAGUAAACCAAUAGUUACUGAUUACCUAAUUUUUUCAACCUGACUAGAUUCUUGUAACUUUUGUAUGACCCCAGAGAGACAAAGCCAGGACAGGGCUAUUGUACAUAUUAUGGUACUCCUGAUGUCACCCUGCCAAAUGUUAUAUUAUUUUUCUUUCUUGGAAUUUGAAACAGUGCAAAGACACAUUAUACAUUAUAAAUGCCAAAUUGCAAUUGAAAACCUAACAUAUUCAAUAUUUAAACAUAAUAAAGAUUUUAAAUUCCAGCCUCUAAUAAAUUCAAGUCUUUAAUAUGAAAGAUAAGCAAAGUAUUUUAUAUAGCAUAUAAAACAUGUAAUUCAGAACAACAACAAAAAGAUGGUGUUCAUAAUCAUCCAAUUAAAUCAAUAUUAUUUUGUUAUUUUGUGUAAAUUAUGAGGUACAAUUAAAUCCAGUGAUAACGUUUCUGCUUUCUGAUUGGCUGACCAGGUCACGUGGCCAGCUAACUUUAUUCAGUUGACAGCAAGUAGGAGGGCUUUAUGGAGGCAGAAAAAAAGACAACACGAGAAAAAUUAGUAUUUUCUAUCCUCAGAAAUUAAUGGCCAUGAGUUCGUAUAUGGUAAACUCUAAGUAUGUGGAUCCUAAAUUUCCUCCUUGCGAGGAAUAUUUACAAAACAACUACCUGGCAGAGCAGGGCUCUGAAUACUACAGCUCCCCGCAGGGCUCUGAUUUUCAGCAUCAGGGAAUCUAUCCCCGGCCAAACUACAGCGAAGACUCCUUCAGCUGUAGCCUUGCUCAGGGCUCUGCAUUGCAGCCCCGGGGUCAUGGACAGGAGCAAUCCGGUCCACAGAAUCCAUUCCCAGUGCCUGACCAGCACUGCCAGCCUGCAGCAGUAGCAGCAGCAGCAGUAAUCCCCAGCCCCAGGUCCUGCAGCCAACAGCAGCACCCCAAGAAUGGAAGUCUGUCUAAACAAGCAGCAAUAGUUUACCCCUGGAUGAAGAAAGUCCAUGUGAACUCAGUUAACCCAAAUUACACAGGAGGGGAACCAAAGAGAUCGAGAACUGCAUAUACUAGGCAGCAAGUACUGGAACUGGAAAAAGAAUUUCAUUUCAAUAGGUAUUUAACCAGACGUCGUCGGAUAGAGAUAGCUCAUAGUUUGGUUCUUUCUGAACGCCAAAUAAAAAUCUGGUUCCAAAACAGAAGAAUGAAAUGGAAGAAAGACCACAAAUUGCCUAACACAAAAGGCAGAUCUUCCUCAACUCCUUCUUCCCAGCACAUACAAACUAUUUCCAAGGAUCACCAGACUGACUUAACAUCUUUAUAGAGAAAAAAAUGGAAUUUCCUAUUUACAGCCUUUUUAUUCUACCCUCAUCUGAACUAUAUUAUAGAAAAUAGAACUACAGCAGAGCCUGCAUAUAUAUUGCAGAUUAUUGCUCCGGGACUGUCACAUCAUUUUACAGGGAGUGUUGUACAAAGAAAAACUCUGGCAAUAUUGGACCAUAGCCCAGUAGCACCAGGGCAUCAAUAAUUCAUAUUUAUUCAUUUAAAAAGACCAUGAUUAUUGCAAAUAAUUCACCUGACAGCAAGUGGUAUAGAACAUUUUGGACAUAAAACAUUUUGAUUUAAUUCUACCACUGAAAAAUCCUCAGAGAUGUGUAAAAUAUUUCUUAUUUACCUAUAAAUGGACGUAUUUCAAGUUUUAUUUUACUGGGCACUACUGGGUUAACAAGGCUAUGCAGACCAAGUUAGCAAUUAGCUAUAACAUAAAUGUGCAAACCAUAUGGACAAGCUAUGUUCUGUUUUCGUGUUUCUUUGUCACCGCCAUUAUAAAUCACACUAUACCAAAAUUCUAAAGUAAUAUGUUUUAAAUAAACUGGUUAUUUUAUUUUAAAA